AUGGCCCCUGUGGCCAGAGCCUUCCUGCGGGUGCUGCUGCUGCUGCUGCUGCCCACGCAGACCUGGAACCAGCCGCAGUCACCAGGAGAAAGCUCCCUUCGCAUCCUCAUCUCGCCACCUGCUCUGCACAUUACUGCUGUGGGGAUCCCAUUUCAAAUCUCUACGCUGGCUUCAUUCUGCAGCAGCUCUGUCUCUGCAGUAGCUUCAGGCAUCCAGUUUAUUCACCGAGAAACAUGGCUGUUUGUGUUUAAAUUUGUUCUUAGCAGUGUUCAGUUCUAUGAGCCAGAUGUGUCUAAUUAUAGAGCAGCCAUGCUGUGGAGAGUGAAUUUUACAAAAAUUUUGACGGUCUCAGGAUACCCAUGUCAUGGUUGUGAUGCUCCACUGGCCUCUGCCUUGCCUUGGUCAUCCUUCAGCAGUUCCUCUGAGCUGUCUAGCAGCCAUGGCCCUGAGUUUGCACGACUUAACCGGAGAGAUGGAGCUGGUGGUUGGACCCCACUUGUGUCAAAUAAAUAUCAGUGGCUGCAGAUUGACCUUGGAGAAAGAGUGGAGGUCACUGCUGUGGCCACCCAGGGAGGAUACGGGAGCUCCGACUGGGUGACCAGCUACCUGCUGAUGUUCAAUGAUGGCGGGAGGAACUGGAAGCAGUAUCAGCAAGAAGAUAGCACUUGGGUACUCCCAGGAAACACCAAUGCAGACAGCGUGGUACACACCAGGCUCCAGCCCCCCUUCCAGGCCAGGUUCCUGCGCUUCCUCCCCUUGUCCUGGAACCCCAAGGGCAGGAUCGGGAUGCGGAUAGAAGUGUAUGGAUGUGCAUAUGGAUCCAAGAUGGUUUAUUUUGAUGGACAGAACUCUCUGCUCUACAGAUUUGAUAAAAAGUCCAUAAGGCCAAUAAGAGAUGCUAUUUCUUUGAAAUUUAAAGCCAUGCAGAGCAGUGGAAUUCUGCUCCACAGAGGAGGACAGCAUGGAAAUCACAUUGCUCUGGAAUUAGUAAAAGGACAGCUUGUCUUUUAUCUUAAUUCAGGCAAUGCUAACCUGCCCCCGACUAAUGCUCACUUGAACCUCACCCUGGGCAGCCUGCUGGAUGACCAACACUGGCAUUCUGUUCUCAUCGAGCGACUCAACAUGCAUGUCAACUUCACCUUGGACAAACACACUCGUCAUUUCCAUGCAAAGGGAGAAUCCAGUUACCUGGAUCUUAAUUUUGAGAUCAGCUUUGGAGGAAUUCCAGUACCUGGAAGAUCACUGGCUUUCUCACCUAAAAGUUUUCAUGGAUGUUUAGAAAAUCUUUAUUAUAAUGGAGUGGACAUUAUCGAAUUAGCCAGGAAACACAAUCCACAGAUUCUCAUUCUGGGAAAUGUGUCUUUCUCAUGUCCACGGCCACAGACUGCCCCUGUCACUUUCCUGAGCCCUAAGAGUUAUCUGGCUCUGCCGGGCAACACUGGGAAGGACAAAAUGUCAGUCACUUUUCAGUUUCGAACGUGGAACAAAGAAGGACAUUUGCUUUUCAGUGAACUUGGGCAUGGUUCGGGAAGCUUCAUCCUUUUUCUAAAGGAUGGAAAACUCGCAUUGAAUCUCUCUCAGCCAGGACAACCCCUGAGGAAUGUCAUGGCAGGUGCUGUACUAAAUGACGGGCAGUGGCAUUCUGUGUCCUUAUCUGCUAAAUGGAGCCAUCUGAGUGUGGUUGUGGAUGACAGCAGAGCUGUCCUGCCCCUGGUGUCAGUGCUUAUGGAUUUAGGCAACACUUACUACUUUGGAGGCUGUCCUGACAACAGCUCUGGCUCUGGAUGUGAAAGUCCCCUAGGAGGGUUUCAGGGCUGCCUGAGGCUUAUCUCCAUUGGGGACAAAGUGGUGGACCCCAUCUCCGUACAGCAGGGGAUGCUGGGGAGUUUUGGAGACCUCCAGAUAGACUCCUGUGGCAUCACAGACAGGUGUUUGCCCAGCUACUGUGAGCAUGGGGGCAAAUGUUCCCAAUCAUGGAACACCUUUUCCUGUGACUGUGAGGGCACAGGUUACAGCGGAGCCACCUGCCAUUCCUCAAUCUAUGAGCAGUCUUGCGAAGGCCACGAGCACCGAGGGAGCCCGUCGGGGCGUUACCCCAUUGAUGUGGACGGGAGCGGCGCCCUGGGACCACUGCUUGUGUACUGCAACAUGACCCCAGACGCAGCGUGGAUGGUGGUGCAGCAUGACAGCCUGGACGCGGUCACGGUCAGCGGUGGUCCCCUUGGGCGCGCGCGCUCUGCGACCUUCACCUACGGGGCGGACACGGGGCAGCUAAGGGCUGCGGUGGACCGCGCUGAGCGCUGCGAGCAGCGGCUGACCCUGCGCUGCGGGACCGUGAGGCCCUUGGACGCGACAGAUGGAGCCCCACUGAGCUGGGGGGUUGGAAGAAUCAAUGGAACCCACACUUCCUGGGGCGCUUCUCUGCCUGGUUCUCCCACAUGCACCUGUGGACUAGAGGGUGACUGCAUUGCUGCUCACUAUCCCUGCAACUGUGAUGCUGACCGGAAUGAAUGGACCAGUGAUACAAUUGUCCUUUCUCAUAAGGAGCACCUGCCAGUCACUCAGGUUGUGAUGACAGACACAGGCCGACCACACUCUGAAGCCACAUAUACCCUGGGACCUCUGCUCUGCCAGGGGGACAAGUCAUUCUGGAAUUCAGCUUCCUUCAACACCGAGACUUCAUACCUUCAUUUCCCUACCUUCCACGGAGAACUUACUGCUGAUGUGCAUUUCUUUUUUAAGACCACUGUCUCCUCUGGCGUGUUUAUGGAGAAUCUGGGGAUCACAGACUUCAUCAGGAUAGAGCUGCGGGCUACCACAGAAGUGACCUUUUCCUUUGAUGUGGGUGAUGGGCCUUGUGAGGUCUCCGUGCAGUCACCCACUCCCUUCAAUGACAAUCGGUGGCACCAUGUGAGGGCAGAAAGGAACAUUAAGGAAGCGUCUCUACAAGUGGACCAGCUCCCUCAAAAGGUACAACCUGCCCCUGCUGAUGGCCACAUCCGCCUACAGCUCAACAGCCAGCUCUUCAUUGGAGGAACGGCCAGCAGGCAGAGGGGCUUCCUGGGCUGUAUUCGGGCUCUGCAGCUGAACGGGAUGGCCCUGGACCUGGAAGAAAGAGCCAUGGUGACACCAGGAGUGCAGCCAGGGUGCACAGGACACUGCAGCAGCUAUGGACACUUGUGUCACAACGGAGGGAGCUGUCAAGAGAAACACAGAGGGAUCGUGUGCGACUGUGCCUUCUCUGCUUAUGACGGGCCCUUCUGCUCAGAUGAGAUUUCUGCCUAUUUUGAGACUGGCUCUUCAGUGACCUAUAAUAUUCAAGAACAUUACACCUUGAGCAAAAACACCAGCUCCUCCGGUCCUUCUUCACGGAGGGGUGUGACACUGUCCAGGGAGACCAUCACGCUGAGCUUCCGGACCACACAGACUCCAAGCUUAUUGCUUUAUGUGAGCUCUUUCUAUGAGGAAUACCUUUCCGUUAUCCUGGCCAACAAUGGAAGUUUGCAGGUUAGGUACAAGCUAAACAGACACCAGCAUCCAGAUGCUUUUAACUUUGACUUUCAAAACCUGGCUGAUGGGCGCCUUCAUCAGCUGAAGAUGAACCGGGAAGAGGCCGUGGUCUUUGCAGAGGUUAACCAGAGUGCAAAGAAACAAGUUAUCUUGUCCUCAGGGACAGAAUUCAACGCUGUCAAGUCUCUCAUAUUGGGGAAGGUUUUAGAGCCGCUGGACGCAGCUGUGGACCCGGACACGCGGCGCGCGGCCGCGCGUGGCUUCACAGGCUGCCUGUCGUCCGUGCGCCUAGGGCACGCGGCCCCGCUGAAGGCCGUGCUGCGCCCAGGCGGACCCGCCCUCGUCACCCUCCAAGGCCACGUGGUCCCCGCGGCCCGCUGUGAGGCGGGGACCCUGCCCCGCCCAGGCACGCGCGAAGUGGCGCCCCGGCUCGCGGGGGGCGCAGGUCACUCGGGGCCAUCGGAACGGGAACAGCCCUUCCUAAAUGCAGACAGAAGCGACUCUGGGGUCAUCGGAGGUGUGAUAGCAGUUGUAGGAUUUAUUUUGCUCUGCACUUCUGCCAUAGCCAUACACAUUUACCAACAGAAAAAGUCACCCAAAGAAAAUGAGUCAAAGGUCUCCAAAGAAGAAGAGGUAGGACUCCUGGAAAGUGAACUCAGUGUGGACACAGUCAGUGAGAGUCAGAAAGAAUGUGUCCAUGGUUGGCCACUGUGUCUGAUCCGCCUCUGUGUCUGUCCUGUUGCCAGUGCUGUCAACUGCUCCUGA